AUGGGUGUUCCAGCGUUCUACCGCUGGUUGGCGGACAAGUAUCCGUUGAUUAUAGUGGAUGUGAUUGAAGAGGAGCCGCAGGUGAUCGACGGCGUGACGGUGCCGGUGAACACGGUGGAAGCGAACCCUAACGGCGAGUUCGACAAUCUGUACCUCGACAUGAACGGCAUCAUCCACCCGUGCUUUCACCCAGAAGAUCGCCCGUCCCCCACCACCCUGCACGAGGUGUUUCAGAACAUCUUUGACUACAUUGACCGCCUCUUCGCCAUAAUCCGCCCUCGCAAAGUGCUCUUCAUGGGCAUUGACGGUGUGGCCCCGCGAGCCAAGAUGAACCAGCAGCGCUCCAGACGAUUCCGAGCAGCCAAGGACGCAGCAGACGCACAACCCAACCCCACUGCUGCCUUGACUCUUGCGCGCUCAGCAGCCCGACCAGGGCCAUACGACCAUCGCCUGUUCCCUCGCCCGCCUCCCUCCCUCCCGUCAAUGCCGCAGGCAGCAGAGGAGCGGUUGAGGAAGGAGUUUGAGCUGGAGGGGUGCAUGGCAGCAGAGGAGGAGCGGCUGAGGAAGGAGUUUGAGCUGGAGGGGCGCAUGGUGCCGCCCAAGGAGAAGUCGGAGACGGUCGACUCCAACGUCAUCACGCCCGGCACGCCCUUCAUGCAGCAGCUGUCCGUGGCGCUGCAGUACUAUAUUCACCUGCGCAUCAACCAGGACCCUGCGUGGAAGAAUGUUAAGGUGAGGAUUUGGCAGGGUUUGGAGCUUUGGUUCAAGGGAGGUGAGUGA